UUGGCAGUGACGCGCUGUGUGUGACGUUGUGGGUUCCGUGAAGUCUGGCUUCGUUGACUGAUUGCUGAUCGAAAUAGUAGCGCGUAGAGUCUCAUCACCGUGGCCAACAGUAGCCUUCGGGACCCUAGACUGUUUUAGUAUAUAUCAGGAAUUGUCUUUGUGGUACAGGUCCUGCAAGAACCAUUGCGUGGACAAAGAAGGAAGCGCGGCCCGGUGCACGAAGUAGCCCCGGCCUCGAUUGGAUGGUACAUCGGUUUGCAAAAGCCCCAUUCUUAGCGGGGCCGAGGCGCAGUUGGUCGGCCUUGUGAAUGAGGAAGUGGCUGCUUGGAUCCCCAGGUAGAAAAGGGACUGCUAAUGGAAGAAAACACUUUCCUUUAAGACUUGGGUCUAUUAGCCUGCUGCUGCUAUGGAUGAGCAGCAAGCAUUGAACUCAAUCAUGCAGGACCUGGCUGAGCUGCAUAGGGCCAGCCGUCCUGUCAUGUCAUUAUCUGACAUUGGAAAAUCUAAGGCCUCUUCUCCUAAGAAUCAGAAUGAUGUCCGAGUAAAAUUUGAAUACAAAGGUGAAAAGAGAAUUCUUCAGUUUCCCCGCCCAGUGAAACUAGAGGACCUCUUUUUAAAAGCCAAAGUUGCUUUUGGCCAAGCAAUGGACCUGCAUUAUACAAAUAAUGAGUUGGUGAUACCCUUAACUACACAAGAUGAUCUCGACAAAGCAGUUGAGCUGCUUGAUCGCAGUGUCCACAUGAAGAGUCUGAGGAUAUUAUUAGUUUUGCAAAUGAACAAUCAGGUUUCUGCUAAUACUAUGGAGCUGUUACCAUCCCUGGAGGACUUAGAUAAUACAGCAUUUAAAGGUACUGAAAGGAAUAUGCUAUCAUUGAUAGGUGCUCACUCCACAGAUCGCAGUUCACCUCCUCCGGGGUAUGUCCCAGAUGCCCAGCAGCAAGUAGCCCGUAACGGUUCUUUCACCAGCAUUAACAGUGAAGGAGAAUUCAUUCCAGAGAGCAUGGACCAGAUGCUAGAUCCCUUGUCUUUGAGCAGUCCUGAAAAUUCUGCCUCUGGUAGUUGUCCUUCAUUAGAUAGUCCUCUAGACAGUGACAGUUAUCCCAAAUCACGCAUGCCAAGGGCUCAAAGCUAUCCAGAUAACCAUCAGGAAUUCUCAGAAUAUGACAUUCCUGUUUUUGAGAAGUUUGGAAAGGGUGGGACAUAUCCCCGAAGGUAUCAUAUCUCAUUCCACCAUCAGGACUACAAUGAUGGGCGCAAGACAUUUCCACGCGCUCGGCGUACCCAGGGAAACAGUUUUCGUUCAGCAGUGAGCUUCAGUCCAACAGAUCAUUCUCUUAGCACCAGCAGUGGUAGUAGCAUCUUUACGCCAGAGUUUGAGGACAAUAGGACCCGAAGAAGGGGUAGUGAUAUUGAAAGCAACCCAACACUUAGCGUCAUGGACAUUAGUCCACCUAGCCGUUCACCCCGUGCUCCCACCAACUGGCGCCUCGGGAAGCUGCUUGGCCAGGGGGCCUUCGGCAGAGUGUUUUUGUGCUAUGAUGCGGACACAGGCAGGGAAUUAGCAGUUAAGCAGGUGCAGUUUGACCCUGAAAGCCCAGAGACUAGUAAGGAGGUGAGCGCCCUGGAAUGUGAGAUCCAACUUCUGAAGAAUCUUUUUCACGAAAGAAUUGUACAGUACUAUGGCUGCUUGAGAGAUACUCAGGAAAGGACCCUUUCCAUUUUUAUGGAGUACAUGCCAGGGGGAUCUAUAAAGGACCAAUUAAAAGCUUAUGGUGCACUUACAGAAAAUGUUACCCGAAAAUAUACACGGCAGAUUCUGGAGGGAGUGUCUUAUUUGCACAGCAACAUGAUUGUACACAGGGAUAUUAAAGGAGCAAAUAUUUUGCGGGAUUCAGCAGGGAAUGUUAAGCUUGGGGACUUUGGAGCUAGUCGGCGUCUUCAGACUAUCUGCCUUUCUGGUACUGGUAUAAAAUCGGUGACUGGUACUCCUUAUUGGAUGAGUCCAGAAGUGAUUAGCGGUGAAGGCUAUGGUAGAAAAGCAGACAUUUGGAGCGUAGGAUGCACUGUUGUGGAGAUGCUGACUCAGAGGCCUCCAUGGGCAGAAUUUGAAGCCAUGGCAGCCAUCUUUAAAAUUGCCACCCAGCCAACAAACCCCCAGUUACCACCACAUGUGUCUGAUCACUGCCGUGAUUUCCUCAAACGUAUCUUAGUAGAAGCCAAGCUGCGACCAUCCGCCGAAGACUUGCUGCGCCAUACCUUUGUACAAUAGCAGUGUAAUUAUCCUCCACUCUCCUAAAUCUGCAACAUUUGUUAACUGCACUUUUAUAUUAAUUAUAAAAAUUAUACCUAAGAAUGGGUAGGCUAGCAUGGUUCAGCCGCUCCUCACCCGGUUGUGUCAAAAGACAGUAAAAAAGCCAAGUUAUGCACAGUACUUGUGUGCUGUCAAGACUAGCUAAUGUUCAGAAUGUAGCAGGAAGAAGAUAAGUUAAUGUGUGAAUCUGGUCUUAAGUUGAGUGAUUUUAAUUUAAUAGUAUCCUCUGUAUUGUAUGUUUUUAUUGCACUUAUGCACACGAUAAUCAUCUGUGUGCACUUUAUACACAAGGGUACACAUAUCAAAGCUGUACUGUUCAAGACAUGUUUUUAUCUAUAAUGGAUCCUAAAAGACAGAAGUGGGCUGAACACUGCUAACUAAUAAUUCAGUGUUGAGAGAGUUACAAAAUGUAACAUUUUAAUACAUAACUACAAAAUUCUCCUACCUAAUGAAGCAAAUGUGGAAAUAUUUUAGCACUUGCUUAUGAUUUUAGGCAAUCAGGCAUUAUAGAUAUAAAAAGCACAUUCAUUCAAGGCACACUGCUAUACCGAACAGUAAGCUAGCUUCUGUUGAACUUUUUGAGCAGUCUGAUGCUCAGCACCCAUUGAGAAUCAAAACUUUCAAUACAGUUCCAUUAAGACUGUCUUUCCUUUGAAGUGCCAGUUCUCGUUAAGCCUUUUUCAGCCUUUAUGCCAUAUAAGAAUAAAAUAAAAUAAUGAAAUAAACACUGUUCAACUAAAUAAUUUAUAAUGAUACAUUUUAUAAGUUACUUUUACUUGAUAGGUUUAAUUCAUUGUUGUCAGUCAACAAGACAAUGCCCCACACAUCAGUUGAAAUGAAAUAAUUUCACCAAAUAAACGUUUUUAUUUAAUAAUACUUCAUAAACAUUACUAAAAAGAAACAUGUCAACAGAACAACCUGCAGUUUCUUACAAAUAGUAUAGUUGGAGUAAAAAUGUUUUAGUGUGCACUUUCAAAUGAUUGCUUUGCUGUAUAGCACGUAACAGUAAAUAGAAAUCAUAAGAGGACUGAUGACUCACAAGUUUAUAUAAAUUAAGCACCCUGAAAACAUCAUGCUUUAAUAUAGGUGUCACCAGACCAAAACCCCUCCUUUAUUAUGGUAAAUAGCAUUGGUCUCCAUUUAAUAAAUUCCAGAGUGCUGCAUUAUAGUUGUUGAAGUAUGCCUCACUUGUCUGAUGUUUUCCUAUCAUAUUUUUAUAUUCUUGAAAAUGCUAGUAUAAAAAGUUUUCAAAAAUUCAUUUUAUUUUAUUGUAUAAUUCAAAUUUAGUUGUGGAUAUGACUUGGGUUUUAAUACCUAAUUCAAAUUAGAUUUGAGGCUCAGUUGCAAUAACUGGACAUUUUAAUAAGCAGCCAUCAUGAUUUCCAGUAACAGAAAGCACUUUAUUGCACACAUUAUUCUUCUUUUUAAAAUCAUACUGAUGCUGUUUGACAUUACCGGCUUGCUAUUUUGAGGGGUCUUGCACCAUUCUCACCCAUCUGAGAGCAUGUCUCUCAUUCCUGAUGCCUUGACACAAAGAUAUCAGCACUGUCCAUUUCAGCCUUUGCUACAAACAUCCUGAUCAUUUUAAAAUCUAAUGGAAUAUACACAAUCACAAUCAACUCAGGAUGAACUCACACAUUAGUACCAGAUAACAGAUAGGGGAAGAAGCAUUUCAAAAAAUAUGUGGAGUGGCUAAUAAAAAGGAAAAGAGUGGCAUAUAAACUGUUAAUUUGACAAACUAAUUGCAUGUUCCUUCAUUUUUAUUUAAACUUUCAGGAGGAAAAUGUAUGGAAAUAAUUGAUUUUUCAGUUUUCUCUUCUGUACCAUUCCUUUUUGUUAAGUUUUCCUUUUUUUUUUUCCUUUUAUCCUUACAACAAUCUGACUACAUUCAUUGCUCAUGUGUGCCUCACAGCACUGGAGUGCAGUUUGAAACAUUUUAUUUAAAAUAAAAAAGCACAGCCUGUCGGGGCAGACUUAGCAUUUUUGAUUGCCCAAACAAGGAGUUGAGUUCUCACACUUUUCUGAUGCUGAAUUGUACACAGUGAAAGAUGUCUGCAUUAAGACAUUAAAUAUGUCUGCAUUUAUUGUUAAAUAACUGUACUUUGUGGGUAAAAGUGCAGACUGUCUUUCAUUCACAGCAGUCAUUUGUGAUUCAUAUUGCACUCUAGUGCUCGUGACUUACACGUUAAGAGUACGUAGUUAAACAGUGCCAACACAAAGAGAAUGUUUAAAAAAUUUUCCUUACACAGUAAUAUUAUUUUGUUUGUUUGUUUGAUAAUAAUGUAUUUUUUUUAAAGAAAAAUAGAAGUGCUAAUUACACUUAAAUGCAUCUCCUAUUGGAGAGAAAGUGAAUGCAUAUAAAAGCCUGUAAAUUCACAGCGACACGAAAAGCAUACUUUCUGAAGUGCUCACAACGUAUGCGUUUUCACAUACAGUAAGUAGUUUUUCUUUUGUAAACUGAGUAUCAAGGGAUACAUUGUACAUUUUUCUUAUAUAUAGCUUUUAAUUCUAUAUUUGAUCUAAUGGUUAAUAUCUGUAAAUGUAUUUUUACUCUCACUGUUGAUUGCUGAGUGUAGUGUAUGUAUGUAUGUAUGUAUGUAUGUAUGUACAGAUUUUUUUUCUAUUGUUGACCUUUUUGCACAUUUUUUGACAAACUGUAUAAUUUGUACACUGAUUUAAUACUCUAUGGCCAAUUGAUGCUGGGUGUGCGAAAUCUUAGUUUAUGCGCACUUUACUACUGUCUGUAUGUCUGUGUCUCUUGGGGAUUUCUUUGUAAAGAUACCUUGGCGCCAGCAGCCUCGCAGUGUUAAUAUUCUGCACUCUCCAAUAAACGGGCCAGAGAAGAAUGAGGUCUACUCAACUAACAAAGGUUUGCUGAAAUAAAAAUUGUUUUACAUAGUUCACCAUCUUGUUCCUCAGGACAAUGCACUUAAUUGUGAAAGUAACAUUUUUGCAAAUCCUGGGCUGGCAGGUAUAUGCUGAGAAUUUUCACAUAUGUGAAUAGCCACAUUACUCGGUGGAUUUUGUCCACUUUUAUUUUAUUACUACACAGACACCAAUAAUGUUUUUCCUAUGUCUGCUGUACUUUGGCAGCAGAAUGGCAAGUCGCCAACUCUCUUCUUUCAAGCCAGUUAGAUGUGGAAUAGGGGCCUUCCGGGCUGUCUCAGGUACCUUAGCCAGUGGGAUGCCAAUAGAUCCCUUGAGCCCUUACAGUCUAGGAUUAGGGCAGGAUCUCUAGUUUGGGCGCUUCAGGGAACUUUUAUCGAGUUUGCCCACUGUGUCACCUGCGGCCUGCUGACCCCAAGUAUUGAAUGCACUGUUGAAUGUCUCUGAUGACUGUGUACUGUAUUUAGUUUUAAAAAAAAAAAAAAGAAAAAGAAAAAAAAAAAAAGCUGGUGUACUCCACAUUAGGACUCCACUGCUACAGAAUAGGUUUUCACACUCUCCAUGCACAUUUUGACUCUGUAAUGUUUUAAAAAAAAUGUACAGAAGUGUAAAUUUGAGAAGGUACUUUUUAUUUACACCUCCUGGUACACUAUAUACACACUGUGUUCUGCCAUGUAAGUGCAGAGGGAAGAAUACUAUAUAUACCAUAUUCCUGCUCCUUGCUAACAAGAUAAAAAUAUUACUCUUGAACAGGAUGUGGAGUUUGUGCAGCACUUCAUUUCCGCUUUCCUGAAAACACUUGCUGAGACACUUGUUGACAAGGGUCUGUUUUUGGACCCUGUCAGCAUAUGACUGUCUGACAGAGUACCCCAUGUAAAAGGAGAUUACAAAACAGGAUGUGCUUUCCCCUUGCAGGUGGAAUCUUGCCUACUUAUUUAAGCUUCUGCCAAGCCAGCAGUAGGUGCAUCACUACAGAUGUUAACAUGCUAGGUGUUCAGUUCCCCUAUUGGCAUAUUUUCCACCGCAGCUUUUGGAACUGCAGACUUGCAUCUGGAGAGUCGGUCAAAUUAGGGUGCAUGUCUGUUUUGCCGGAAACAGGUGAUAAAGAAAAGGCAGAAUAAAUUCUGCCAACAGUUAACCUUCAUAUAUACAUACCCUCUAAGGAAUUAUCAUGGUAUCCUUCACAAGCAUUUGCAUGUGAGAGCACAGUGUAUUAAUAUAUACGUAUGCAUAAAGUUUAGUAUGCAUAUAUCAUUUUUUAUUUGUUUUCUGUAUCAAUUGUAAAAGAAGCCAUGUUUAUAUUUGGUUUGUGACCAAUAAGCUUGUUUAUAUGGAAUCUGUAUAUCAGUGGUACUUUUUUCAAUGUUGGGGGGGAGGUGUUGUUUUGUUUUUACCUUUUUUUAACUUUUUUUUUUAUUUUAAUGACUGAUUUUAUGCAUGAUGAGGUCUUCAAGAUGUAAUUGACAUCAAAGCAAAAAUUUUGCCUUUUGGAAAAUCACCCUGGUGAAGUCGCAACCAGUGGGUGUAUUAAAGGCUCAUAGUCUGUGCAGCGUGCGACUAUGACAGCUGGAACUUUGCAGAGUGUUAAUAAAAAAGGUAUUUAUUUCA